AUGCUUUAUAAAUACCAACUUCAUUUUCAUUAUUUGAAAAUUUACCACAAUAUGCAUUUGUAUUUUCCACUAAAGUGGGGUUUAGCGGCUACUUUAGCCCGUUGAGUCCAAUCAUGGCCUGAUUUCAGCUUUUUAAAACAUCCACGAACAGUUGGAACAGCUCUUUUAAGUUCCAACCAAGCUACACUUUGCCGACUCCAGACUGCCAUUCGCAACAGUUUCUCGAUGUCAAAUUACAUUGUUAUUCUUCAUUGUAACAUUCACCACGUUGAGUAUUCCAGUGAUAUCUUCUCCCUGAUCCAAUGAACAUUGAUACAAACAUGUCCACGAUCAUAACCGCCUCAGCUCUAGACGGUAAUGGUGCCCUCUACUCUCGGGCGAAGGAGAGAGCCAUCACUAGAGGCGCCUACACUAGCCGCGCUCCACUCCUUCUUCGCCGGCUGCGCCUCCUUCUAGCGCCGGCUAAGCUGAGGCUACUUCUUGGUUUCUGCGUCUUCUGCGUCGUCGUUUUCGUCACCUCGAGGCUUAGGUAUUUGAUGGGUUGGAUCCCUCACGACCCUUCUUCGGUUUCCUCUUCUUCGAGAGGUGGCUACACUGUUCUUAUUAACACUUGGAAGAGAAAUUCUCUUCUUAAGCAGGCUGUGGCUCAUUAUGCUUCCUGUAGUGGAACGGAUGCUAUACAUGUGGUUUGGAGUGAAAAUGAUCCCCCAUCAGAUAGCCUGAAAAUCUUUCUUAAGAAAAUGGUUUUAUCCUAUUCACAGACGAUUCAUAAACCCAAUUUCAAAUUCGACAUCAAUGAAGAAGAUAAUCUUAAUAAUAGAUUCAAACCAAUUAAGGACCUCUCGACAGAUGCCAUUUUCUCAGUUGAUGACGAUGUAAUUGUUCCGUGUUCCACCUUGGAUUUUGCUUUCACGGUAUGGCAAAGUGCACCGUUCACUAUGGUGGGAUUUGUCCCUCGGAUGCAUUGGCUGGAUAAGGAGCGUAACGGUUUAGCAUAUUAUAAAUAUGGAGGGUGGUGGUCAGUUUGGUGGAUGGGAACUUAUAGUAUGGUUCUCUCAAAAGCUGCAUUCUUUCACAGGAAAUACUUGGACUUUUAUACUUAUGAGAUGUCCCCAACAAUUCAUGACUAUGUGACCAGUGAGAGAAACUGUGAAGAUAUAGCUAUGUCCCUGCUCAUUGCCAAUUCUACUGGCGCUCCUCCAAUUUGGGUAAAAGGAAAAAUAUAUGAGACUGGAUCAACUGGAAUUAGCAGUAUGAAGGGGCAUAGCAACAGGAGGAACAAGUGUCUUAACGACUUUAUUUCGUUGUAUGGGAAAAUGCCACUAGUAUCAACAAAUGUUAAAGCUGUAGACGCCAGGCAGGAAUGGUUCUGGUAGUUUGAUCUGUUUAACUUAAUUGAAACUUAUCACGCUUUGUAGUAUUAAUACAAUGAAAUGUGUAAAUUAGUUUUAGAUGGGGACCUUACUUUUAAUGUUCGUCAAACAUACAUAGAUGCUAAUAUCAGAUUAAAAAGAGGGAGGGAGGGAUAUUUCUCCCUAAAGAUUUAGCCCAACUAAAUUGGCAUGGAAGAAUUGUUGCGCCGUGGGAACAAUUAGCUUAAACAAAAUGAUGUCAUUCUUUGUGUUUUGCUCGCAAAACUCUUUAAUUGAUCACUA